AUGUCCGAUUUGUCCAUUGAGCUCACGGCUCCUAAUGGGAGGAAAUAUACACAGCCUACGGGUCUUUUCAUCAACAAUGAAUGGGUGGCUUCCAGCAAGGGCGACAAGAUCACGAGUAUCAAUCCUACCGACGAGUCUGAGAUCGCUUCUGUUCAUGCUGCCGAGCCAGAGGAUGUUGAUAAGGCUGUGGCGGCUGCCAGAGCUGCCUUUAAGGAGACAUGGCGAGACAUGGCAACCUCAGAUAGAGGCGACCUUAUGCUGAAGCUCUCGGCUCUUGUCGAGCAAAACGCCGAGCUUUUGGGAACCAUUGAGACUUGGGACAAUGGCAAGCCGUAUUCUGUUGCCGUCAACGAGGAUGUUGCAGAGGUUGCAGGCACCUUGAAGUAUUACGCUGGCUGGGCAGACAAAAUCCAUGGCCAGGUGAUAGAUACCACCUCUGCCAAGUUAGCAUAUACCAUUCGAGAGCCAAUCGGUGUCUGUGGACAGAUUAUCCCUUGGAACUAUCCACUGGCUAUGGCCGCAUGGAAGCUUGGUCCUGCGCUUGCUUGUGGAAACACCGUUGUUCUUAAGGCCGCCGAGCAGACUCCUCUUUCUAUCCUGGUUUUCGCAAACUUGAUCCAGGAAGCUGGCUUCCCUCCUGGCGUCGUGAACAUCAUCAACGGCCAUGGCCGCGUUGCUGGCGCAGCAAUCGCCCAACACCCCGGAAUCGACAAGAUCGCCUUUACCGGCAGCACGAACACUGGUCGUGAGAUUAUGAAGAUGGCCGCCUUGAACUUGAAGAACAUCACCCUCGAGACUGGCGGCAAGUCCCCACUGCUUGUGUUCGAUGACGCAGAUCUCGAGCAAGCCGUCAAGUGGUCCCACAUAGGUAUUAUGUCCAACAUGGGACAAAUCUGCACCGCGACAUCGCGCGUGCUGGUCCAGGAGGGAGUCCACGACAAAUUCGUCGAAGCCUUCAAGAAGCAAAUCGCCGAGACCAGCGUCGUCGGCGACCCAUUCAAAGACGACACCUUCCAAGGACCGCAGGUGACCAAGUCGCAGUACGAACGCGUCUUGAGCUACAUCGAGACCGGCAAAUCCGAGGGUGCCACGCUGGCAAUGGGCGGCGAAGCGUACAAGAACGUCGGCGAGGGCAAAGGCUUCUUCGUCUCCCCGACCGUCUUCACCGGCGUCAAGGAGGACAUGCGCAUCUUCCAGGAAGAAGUAUUCGGUCCCUUCGUCGUAGUCGUUCCAUUCAAGACAGAGGAAGAAGCCCUCGAGCUGGCCAACAACACAACCUACGGCCUAGGCAGUGCUAUCUUCACAAAAGACAUCGUGAAAGCACAUCGCCUAGCACGAAAGAUCGAAGCGGGCAUGGUCUGGAUCAACUCAUCGCAAGACAGCGACUUCAGAAUCCCGUUCGGAGGAGUCAAGCAAUCUGGCAUCGGACGGGAGCUGGGGGAAGCAGGAUUGGAAAGCUACACGAACAAGAAGGCAGUGCAUGUGAAUCUAGGGACAUGGUUGUAA